AUGAAUACCAAAAGAAUCGAGCAUGCGACCAACACUUUGAUCAACCAGUUGUUGGAUGGUCUCGGGUCUGGUGUAGAAGGCCGGAACUGGAGGGAAGACGAUUGCUCCCGACUGGGGAAAGCAGAUCCCCUCGGCAAUAUGGAGCCUAUGGAGGGUAAGCUCAUCGAUCAACUGCUUCAUAAAUGA